AUGCCUCCAAUGAAAAACACCCAUGACGUCACAGGUGUUUGCUUUCCUCCCUUCAGUUAUUCAAUCCGUGCUUUUCCCCCUCCUUUGUUAUCUCAUGUAACCCCCCCUCCAGUCCAGAGUUAUUCAAUCCGUGCUUUUCCUCCUUUGUUAUCUCAUGUAACGCUCCAGUCCAGAGUAACCCCCUCCAGUCCAGAGGUGUGUCUAUUCUCGUCCAAUGAAAUGCCUUUUAAACUCCUGCUGACGUACCAGUUGUUUCUUUCCUCCCCUUCAGUUAUUCAAUCCGUGCUUUUCCCUCCCUUGUUAUCUCAUACAACGCCCUGCAGUCCAGGAGUCCAGAGGUACUUUUCCCUCCUUGUUAUCUAUGUAACCCCCUCGUCCAAUGAAAUGCCUGUAAACACCCAUGACGUCACAGUGUGUUUGCUUUCCUCCCUUCAGUUAUUCAAUCCUUAUUCAAUCCUGCUUUUUCCCUCCCCUUCUUGUAACGCCCUCAGUAUUCAUUCUCGUCCAAUGAAAUGCCUUAACACCCGCAACGUCUGUUAUUUUCCUCCCCUUCUGUUAUUAAUCCGUGCUUUUCCCUGCUUAACCCCCUCAGUCAGAGGUGACUCUUCUCGUCCAAUGAAAUGCCUGAACCCCAUGACGUCACAGUGUGUUUGCUUUCCUCCCUUCAGUUAUUCAAUCCGUGCUUUUCCCUCCCUUGUUAUCUCACAAACCCCCCUCCAGUCCAGAGUGUGA